AUGAUUAAUAAUAAUGAUUCAGAUUAAGAACUUAUGUAAUAGAUUCUUUCUCUUUAUGCUGAUCGAGAAGAGAAAAUAAAUAAGAAUUAUCACAUUCAUUCCAAAUUUAAUUGUGAUUGUUCAAGAUGUCAACAUUAACCAAUGACUGAUAAUCAAAUAAAAAAGGAUUUAGUUUAAGAUGAAUUCUAUAAUUAACCUAGUGAUAGAUAUCUACCAGAUGAUUAGACACAUGUAAAAUUUAUGAAGAAAGAUGGAGGAUCACAAUUAAUACCAUAAAUUAAAGAUCCUAUUGAUUUCUUAGGUCUCUCAAUUAAAAUGAUGUAACCAACAAAAAAUGGUAAAACAUUAAAUCUAAGAGUUAUGGAUACAUUAUUCUUCUAUUAAAGAGAACCUUGUGUUUUGAUAUAUCACGAUAAAGACAAAGGUCUUAGAAUCAUAAGAGACAGACAUUUAUUAACAAAUUUAUAAGAAUUAGGAUAGUUUUUAGUAAAAAGAAGAACAGAAUAUGAUAUAGAAUUAAGGAUUGCAACAGAGAAAAGAGAGAAUAAAGAUUUUAAUAAUUUAGAAUUUGAUUAAAAGAGUGCUGAAAUUUAAUAAGGAAUUAAAAAAUAUGUUUAGAAUAUUGGAAUCUAAAAGGAUUUUAUUUUAGUUAAAUUUAAAAAUGGUGGAGAAUAGAUAAUGUCAUAAUUAGCUGCUAUGUAAUUGUUUGAAAAGAGAAAAAUAGAUUCAAUAUGGGAUACAAUAGUUAUGAUUCAAGCAUAUCCAUAUGAUUUUUAUGGAAAACUUAUUUUUAAAGCAAAAGAGCCUACAGAAAAAUUUGAGAAUAAUAGGUUAUCAAAAUAAUCUAUAGGAAAAGAUACAAAAAAAGUUAAAGAAGAAGAAAAACCAACUGAAGUUAAGCAAAGUAAAACAAAAAUAACAGAUGAUAGUAUGAAAUUAACUGAAGAAUAGAAAUAAAUAUUAAAUGAAAUAAAUAAGACUAGAUAUCAACGUAUCACAUAUAUUAAAGAUGAUAUUAAAUAUUAAGAGCAAUUUGAUAAAGCCUUAGAAUAAAUUUGUUAAAUAAAUAAUCCUAAUUUUUAGACUGGUAAUCAUAUCAGACAACAUGAAAUUUAUUUAAAGGAAUUGAAGAAGAAAAAUAUGUAAUAAUAUUUAUAGUAAAUUAUCUAUUAUAUUUUUAGUUAUCAUAUGUAUUAAAUUGUUCAUUUUUUUGAAGCAUAUCAUUAAAGAAAAAUAAUGAAAUUAAGAAUGGAUUUUGCUAAGGAUGAUUUUGAUAAUCUAUAUAUAAUAGAUGCUGGAUAAUUAUAAUUUAUAGAUGUAAGAAAGAUUGAAUGGGAUGAAAUGAUAUUAAAAGAGAUAUCUUUAAUUAAUCCAGAUUAUAAAUAAUUAGUAUUAAGAGAAAUUGAAGAAAAGGAAAAAUUAUAAAGAGAAGGUGAGGUAGUAGUCAAUCAUUAAAGGUAAAAAUAUUUAAAAUAGGCUUUUGAUGAUGUUGUAGGUUAUUUUAGAGAAUAAUAUAGUAAAGCUAUUGAUAAAUGUGAAUCAGAUUUAUUAAAUCAACCAGAUAUUGAUAAGACUGAUGAAAUCUUUAAAAAAAUAAAUCCUAAAGCAGAUUUAAAGUUUUCAGAAAUGUUAGCUAUUCAUAAACCUGAUGAGAUUAUUAAAUAGAAAGAUUUGUUGAGUAAUUUCCCAAUAGAUUAAGCAAGAUUCUUAAGUCAUUAGAAAUAUUAUAGAUAAUCUAAAUAAUUGGUUGAAAGUAAGGAAAAGUAUAAAAAAUAAUUGAGAUUAAGUGCUAGUAAAUUAUCAGCAGUUGAUUUAAGAUCAUCAAAAUAUGCAUUUACUACUAAAUGA